AUGGAUUUACAAAGGUUUAAUGAAACAUCUGGGAUUUGGGCAUGUCUCCAGCUUCAGAACGAGAGUUUGGAGAUUCCCAACGGCACCUGCGGAGACGCGCUUCUGAUUCCAAAGAAGGAACCUCCGCGACCCAAAGAAAUGGAUUCGCUACGCAUUCUUCUGUAUGCUCUCAUUUUCCUGCUGAGUGUGAUUGGUAAUCUGCUCAUCAUCGUGGUUUUGGUCAUGAACAAGCGAAUGCGGACGGUCACCAACUCAUUCCUUCUCUCCCUGGCCAUCAGUGACCUUAUGAUGGUUGUGUUCUGUAUGCCCUUCACUCUUAUACCCAACCUGCUGGAGGAUUUCAUCUUUGGAGCUGCCAUGUGCAAGAUUGUGGCCUAUCUCAUGGGUAUUUCAGUGUGCAUAUCCACUUUUAGUCUAGUGGCUAUAGCCAUUGAGAGGUACAGUGCGAUAUGUAACCCAUUGAAGUCGCGGGCAUGGCAGACCCGUUCCCACGCCUACAAAGUCAUCGCUUUUACCUGGGUUCUGUCCUUACUCAUCAUGACACCCUAUCCUAUCUUCAGCAGUCUAGUCAAGUUCACCAAACCCAACAACAUCACGAUUCACAUGUGUCGCCAUGACUGGCCACAGAACGAGGUUGAGCAAGCAUGGUGCAUCAUGUUGCUAUUUGUUCUAUUUUUUAUUCCUGGAGUUGUGAUGAUCAUCGCCUAUGGGCUUAUUUCCCGAGAGCUCUACCGUGGAAUACAGUUUGAAUUGGAACAGAAAAAGGGACAGUGUGGAAUGAAAAAUGACAUCAGUGCCACUGUCUCAUCUGGUAGCGAUGAUGGAGAUGGCUGCUACAUUCAGGUGUCAAAGAGGCUCAACUCCAUGGAGAUGUCGGCCCUCACCCCAACCAACUCCACAAAGGUGGACCGACCACGCAGUAACACAUCUGAGGCCAAAUUAAUGGCCAAGAAGAGAGUAAUCCGUAUGCUCAUUGUCAUCGUGGCUAUGUUCUUCAUCUGCUGGAUGCCCCUACACUCUGUUAACACCUGGAAAGCUUUUGACCUUCCAUCUGCCCACAGAGCUCUCUCCGGGGCCCCCAUUUCCUUUAUCCACCUGCUGUCCUACACAUCCGCCUGCGUCAACCCCAUCAUCUACUGCUUUAUGAAUAAGCGUUUUCGCAAAGCGCUUCUUGUCACUUUUUCUUGCUGCUGCAGGUCCUGCCGCAGGAGGGCCUUCAGAGAAGGUGAUGAUGAGGUCACUGCGACUGGUGCAUCCAUGUCCAAGUUCAACUAUACCACUGUAAGCACCAUGGGGCCAUGCUGA